AUGGACCUUCAAGAAGUUAUUACAGAAUUGAACAGAAUAGAAGAGAUUCGAACGGUUUUGUAUUUUCUUAAUGAUGUGGAGGAAGAAACGGAACAGAUUAUUUUAAAGCAUUCAAACCCUCUUAUUGAGACCAUUCCGAAACUUAUACUCAAAGAUGCUUCACGGGGAGUGACUAUAAAAGAUAAAUACAACGAAGAUACUUUGUCCAUAAUUUUCGCCACAAUCCGGACAAAAAGAACUGUCCUGGAAGCAGUGAAAGGAGCUUUAAACGGUAAUGUUCGGUCAAGAGUUAUUUUUUAUUUACGCAUGGAGGGUUUUUUCGAGGAGACCCUGAAGGAGGUCUUCACCUGUUUGUGGCAUCAUCGGAUGUUUAAGAGUCUCGUCAUCUGGAACAAUCGCACGUUCACAUUCAUCCCGUAUCCUGACAUAAAGAUUGCAGAGGUCACAUCAGUAAAAUCUCUGAGCUCAGUUUUCUCAAAGAAAGUAGUCAACCUUCAGAGAAAUCCCGUGAACGUCAUCACGAAUUUGGGCCCAGCAGCCUUUAUCAAAUAUGUGGAUCGUAAUGGAAAGUUGCGAUAUGGUGGUCCCUUUCUAAAGGUCAUUCUCGAAUUUAUUGAAAAACUAAAUGGAACAUUUUUCGAUUACGACGGCAAAUUUAAUGGUUUCACUGAGAUAAGGGCUUUAUUUGGUCGGAGGGAGGUCGAUAUCAUGUCAGUUAUGGUGAUGGGGUAUGCGCAGAAUGAUGAGUUGACAUAUCCCAUAAAAGGCGAUACAGCGUGCAUCCUGUUGCCGUAUCAAAAGGAACUGCCAAGGGUGUAUUAUCUAAUAUUGCCUUUCCAAAAGUCCAGUUGGCUUCUGGUAGGCAGUGGAAUUAUGUUUUUAUUCAUAAUUGCGGGAGCUACGGAACUUUUGAGUGGCAGGAAAUUUACUUCUUUGCUUCAGGAAGCAUUCUUUCGGGUCGUCCGGAUAGUCAUCCAACAGAUACAUUUCGAUAGACCGCUGACGAGUCGGUGGAUGACAAUAAUUCAUAUACUAGGAGUUAUCCACUUUAUGCUUCUUCUGAGCCUUUAUCAAAGCGGCUUGAGCAGUUUCUACACCAAAUCAAUCGCCGGCAAACAAAUCGACAUUGCCGAGGAUCUAGCUAGAACCCAGUACCGAAUAUUGAUCAACUCUGAUAUAUUGGAUUAUAUUCGCCGCGUCAAUAUUUUCCCCCAGAAUAUUGUCCAACGUUUCUCAACAACUAAGGCUCCGCUAUCUGGGAAUCCCAGCAAAAUAGAUAUGAAAUUUGGUUAUUUUGUCGGAACGGAAUAUAUGACCAUUUUCAAUGAGCUAGAGAGACAAUACUCGAAAAAGUACUUUCAUAACAGCAAAAUGUGCGCAGUUACGACUCUCGCUUGUAUCAUGAUUCAAAAGGACUACCCAUUCAAGGAAUCCUUUAAUGAUGUGAUACUUCGGCUAACUGCUGGCGGCUUCAUUUAUAAGUGGCAAAAGGAUAUUGUGUACGAAAACAAGGAAGCAGGAUAUAUAAAUAUGACCCUGACAACUGAAAACCUCCUCAGACCUUUGAUUUUCGAUGAAUUGUUUGCGGUUUGGAUUAUUUAUACAAUCGGUAUCCUUCUGAGCAUUAUUACCUUUGGUGUAGAGAAACUAUGGGAACUAAUAAAUGAAUUAAAAUAA